UUAAACAAAGACACUGCUGAGUGCUGUGUGACGAUGAUCCGAGUUCUCCAAACGACUGGGUGUCUUUUGUUCUUUCUACAAACAGGAUAAGAAACCAGUUAAAUUAAGCUUACCCAUUUACCCUCCAUUACCAUCCCAUGUAACCAUCCAUUGUCGCUACUCUCCACUUCAAAGUUUUUCAGCAAGAUCGGGGCCACUUCAGUCAUUAAACACAAAAAUCAUAGUCAGCUUCGACUGCCAAGUGUAACCCAUCUUCUCUCACUCUCUGGCCAUACAUCCCUCCCCUUCCAAUUGAUCUUUUCCCCAAUGGACGGAAAUUCCAAUAUUGCCCUCGGGUCUCAACCAGCCGAUCGUAUCAAGCUCAACGUCGGCGGCAAACUCUUCGAAACUACCGUGUCGACUAUCCAAUCCGGCGGGCCGGACUCACUCCUCGCCGCCCUCUCCAACCGUCCGAGACAGAACCCUACCCCGGUCUUCAUAGACCGCGACCCCGAGAUCUUCUCCGUCCUUCUCUCUCUCCUCCGAUCCAAUCACCUGCCCUCCACCGCCUCCCGAUUCUCCAAGCAAGAACUCGUCGACGAAGCUUCCUACUACGGUAUCGAGUCACAGCUCAAAUCGGCGAUGUUGCCGUGUCCGCUCAUGGGCAUCGACGCCUCGUUAGUCGCCACCAUCAAGCCCGCCUCCGACGGAAUCGUCUCCACGUUCACUGCCGGCGACGAAGACGGAUCGGUUUGGGCGGCGCACGGAGGUCAGAUCACCGUCUACGAUUGGAAUCUGACUCACGCCGGUACAAUCCGCACACACGUCGAGGAUAUAACCUCCAUCCGCCGCGUCUGGCCGGACGUCGUUGCCGUCGGAUCUGACAUCUCCGCCGGCCUCCACUUCUACGACUUUUCUAACUGUAGUCGUGUCGGUUCAGCCCACUGGACUGAUAAGUCGGAUCCGAGGAUCUACAAAGCUCGAGCGAUGGCGAUAGCCGAUUCACCUUCUCAAGUCUUCGCGUCCUUCGAUUGUCCCCACAGAGAGAACUGUAUUCUCGUGAUCGACAAAUCAAAUCUCAAGAUUGUGUCAGAAUUCGGCCGGCAAACCGGCGGUUCUGUGAAAUCCAUGGUCGCCGGGAAGCUGACGUACGUGCCGGACUCCGGUUUGCUCGUCGGAAGCGCCAUCACGUCCGGUGCAUUCGGUUACUCCGGUUACAUCCGGUUGUGGGACCCUAGGUCCGGAGACAUGGUGUGGGAAACGAUUGAGCCAGGCUCGGGCCGAACCAGCAGGUUCGGGGACUCGUUCGCUGACAUGGACGUCGACACGAACGAGUCGACUCUGGUCAAGAUCUGUUCCAAAUCGGGCGAUUUGGCGAUGGCAGAUUUACGUAAUUUAGGCGACGAUCCGUGGGUGUAUUUGAAAGAGAAGAAUCCGAGCAUGAGCAACGCGGGCGGCGGGGGUAACAAUGUGAUACAUUGUUAUAGAAAGCAAGUGUUUGUAAGCAGAGAGGGUGGGUUGGAGGUUUGGUCUAGAAUGGAUGAGAGAGACAGAGAGUUACUUGAAGGGUCAUAUAGGAGAAAUUAUGUGGACAAAGUGGAGGACUCAAAGAGAGGGAUCAUAAAGAAAAUUGAAGGUGGUGGUGAUAGGCUGUUUGUUUCCAGAGAAAAUGUCGAAGGAAUUGAGGUGUGGGAAAGCUCUAAAUUUUCCGGUGCAGUUUCAAUCUUGUGACCCCCAAAUCUAUAGAUGUACCAAAAUUCAAUUUUCAAUAGGAUGAGACUUUAUGUCCUCUACAUUUUGUGAUCUUCUGCAAUUUAAAUUUGGGUUCAUGGUGACCAAUUAUGGGACAUCUUAUAAGUUUCAAGGGAAAAAGGGGGAAAGAAAAAGGUGUACAAUAGAAAAUUAAAUUUCUUUAUGUUUCGAGCCAUUGAUUGCAUAUGAGCAUAGGUUCAAUGAUGUGAAAUGAGGCUUUGUACCAAACUCUUAUAGGAGUAAUAUAACACCAUCUUUCAUCCAUCUCACAAGAUAUGUGAUAAUUCAUCUCAAGUAAUGGGAUUAUUCGUAUUUCUUAUUCA